GCAGUCGGGAGGAUUUGAGGCGCGUUUCUCUUUCUCUCUCGCUGCGUUGUUUCCAAUCUACCGGGUGUCCGAGAAGCAACGGCUCCCCUCGUUCGAGAGCUCAGGCCACUUUUCUUCCUCGAACGGUUCGGCAGCUCGUCGGUCUUCUUUGACGCUGGUUUUUUCCGCUCGCGUGCAAACAUUAGCCGCUAUAACACGUGUACGUAUAUACUGCGAUUCGGGGAAUCGUGGCGAUCGGUUCUCUGCGUUCGAACGGCUCUUGUCGGGGGGAAUUGCAUAAAAGUAUGAAAAUCAUUAUAGCUAUCGGUAAAUUAACCGCACAGACAGUCGAGCUUUAUGUCAAGCAUGAAAUUCAGACGUUCUUCCUUACGUAAUACGCGACCGAUCGAGCGUUCGAAGAAACGCGCACUGCGCCUCAUGUUGAUCAGCUUAACGACCGUCAUAAUUGUGGCAUGCGGAUUCAUCGCGCUCACGCAAUCCAGAGUUUUGCACAACGAGCAAUCAGCUGCUCAUAAUAUCAAUAAGCUGGAGUCGUACUCUCAACACUUCGAUGCUCUACAGGGCCAAUACGAUGCUGUGCUGGACGCAGUGAGAGAGGAACGCUCGCGCAACUGCACGCGCGACCAAAACGACGCCCUGACCAAGCUCGAGAAACAGCUGACGGAGGAGCGCGCUGAGCAUUCCAAGGAGAUUGAAGGCGCAUGCACGCGUUACGACGUACUUCGUACGAGCUUCGAAAACCUCCAGAGGGAGACGGAAAUCAUCAGUAGGCACUGCGGUCGCAAGGAGACCGACCUCAAAGCGCAGCUGAAGGCAGCCGAGGACGAACGCGCUGAACUAGUGGCCAAACUCGAGGAAAGCAAUAAGAAGCUCAGAGUAGCCGGACAGAGACAACUCGCUGCCACGACGCCGGCGCCGUCCCGCAGCCUUUUCGAUCCCGAACGGCUUAAAAAGAUCAACGACAUCGUCAAGGAUAUCGAGAAUGGCGCAGCCAUUUUUAAUUUAGGUGGCUUUAUGAAGAAAACUGACGAAGCUUUCCGAUCAUAAAGGACCAACGAGAAACAUUUUUACGAAGUUUUUUUAUGUUAUACUCAUGCCAAUUACGAAGAGAUUUUAAACAAAGAAAGUUUUGCUUGGAAAUUAGAUGUAAAUUAUAAUGCGUAUGACUCACCAGUGAAUUAAUGGGAUUCACUGAAACGUUCAAAGUUUAAACUUUUGUAAUGUUUGGGAGUCCGAUAAAAUUAACCAAUAUAUCGAAUUUUUUUACUGAAAAAAAUCGCUAGUAUUAUGAGUAAAAAAUUCACGUUAAAAAUAAGUAGUUUAUUCAAUUGGGUCGGUAAAUUUAGUGGCCCAACUCAUUACGUAUUAUAACUAGAUACAAAAAUAUGUUUAAAUCUGUUGAAGUAUGAAUCUCUCGAAAAAUUUUAAAACAUGAUAUCGUAAAAUUUUACGAAUAUUAAAAGGCAGAAAAUGUACAAUUACAAUGCUGGAAAAUCAAUCAAUAUAUCACGUAUUACAUAACAAUCUUCCAUUUUUUAUAACUAUUUUUGAUUAUUUUCUCAUAAACUAAUCAAAGAAAAAUUUCGUACUAAUACAUGAGAUAAAAGAUUAUAUAUAGUUACAUUUUUAUAAAAAAAAAUAUAUGAUCGUAAUAUCAUUCCACAAUAUUUCUCUUUAAGGAAAUGCCAGAAAAUGGCACUCGCCUUUACUGCGUUUCAUAGUCAAUUUGACACAAUGGCAUUUUUUUGGUUAGUAUAAAAAACUAAACUAGAUACUAAUGUAAGAAAACUUGUUUAAAGCAGCAGCUUCUUACACAAGAAAUGUUAACACUUGUUGCAAUCAUCGAACUCAUGUAUUUAUAUUUGUACAAAAUCCAAAUAUUUUGUGAUAAAAUAAGAUGUUUUGUAAUAAAUUAUUUUUAUGGUAA